UAGGGGAGAUGGUUCUGAUAUGUUCGAUGACUACGAGAGUUACAUUCAAUCUCAACGGACAAAUGUAGAGAGGUCUCAAUUGGAUCUUUAUUUGGAAGAAACUCCUAGAAAAUUGAAUGACGAGUUGAAUGUCUUGGAAUUUUGGAGCAAAUCAUCUGUGCGAUACCCUGAGCUUGCAUCAAUGGCUCGGGAUAUUCUUGCUGUCCCCAUUUCUAGUGUUGCUUCGGAACAAGCCUUUAGCAUGAGUCGCAAAGUUAUAACACCUAACCGAGCUUCACUUAAGCCUAAGACCAUCGAGGCUUUAAUGUGUCUCCAAGAUUGGUAUCGUUGGAAGAUGUCUCAGAGUGAAGAAAUGAGCACUACAGGAGGUGGACCUUCAAGUUCUCAUGCAAAUGAGUUAUCUUCAGAUUCGGAAAAUGAUGAAGUUGAGAUAGCUUGAUGGAAUAAGG